AUGGCAUCGAUUCCCCCAUCCUAUGAAACAGACUGGGAACGUCUCAAUGCCAAGUCAUGGGAGCUGCCCAAUUACGGCCCGGGUCCGGAUUAUGGUCGGGGCACUAUCUACGUCCCUGACGAGGAGGAUGAGUAUCCAGGGAGAGCGCUCGGUUCAAAUGAGGCGAAUGUGGCUGGAGUUGUUGACUAUGCUCCUGCAGAAGCGAGACAUCAUAACUUGCCUCCUACCCCAGCCGGACCUGCGACUGGUCACUACAUUUCGAUCCCCGAGUCUAGACGACCACAUGUUCGAGGCACCGGUGCCAUGAAUACAUACGCACAGGACCGGCCACGACACCCUUCGACCCGGAAUACACAGUCGAGUCAAAACCCUCGCCGCAAACGAGGCUCGGCAACCGCACUCUUGCAUUCACCAUCAAACAGAGGUACAUCGGACUUUUUGCAACAUGGUACUGGCUCUUCAAUCGUCCCCAUUGGCCAGAACGAUAUCCCUUCCAAGGCAAAGUGGCGCAAUGGAUCUCGCCCAGAUGGCAAGUGUACCACCCAUAAAAACCUCGAGUCUCUCACUGACUCCAUGUUAGCUGCUUUUCGCCUACCGUAUGAAUGUCGGGUGUUUCAAAAGAAGCUGAGUGAAGAGGUGUCGGGAGAAACUCACAUCGACUUUCGCCAGCAGAUUCUCGAGGACACGGGUGCUUAUUUGAGAAUUAGCGAUCGGAAUGCAAAGCUGGUUCAUAUCUGGGGCGGAAAGAACGAGGUCUGGGCGGCUCGCGCCCAGCUCCAGGAAAUGGCGAACAGCCUCUUCCAACUGGGCGCUCCGUCCAACGGCCCAUCGUGGUCGAAAAUACGAGCGUAUUCGAACACCAAGGCGGCCAAUUCUCAGUCUCUGGAGUUCUAUGAGACAAGACUUUCAGGCUUGCGGCAGCCACCCAAAAUUUCCGCUUUUUACACUUUAGCCUUCCUGUGGCCGAUGGAUGGCCCAACCGUGGACCAUUGCCUUACUGCUCGGCGCGAGAUCCUCGACUCGAUUCGCUUGAAAUACGAUGUUAACAUCUACGCUAAGCCUGGUGCGCCGGACUACCUAUUUAUAUCUGGGAACAGCCAGCGGGUCAUUGGCAUCAUUGCGUCUCGACUUCGGGAGCUAUGGCAAAGUCUAUUCAUGCAAUGCGACACAGAAAUGAAGCUCUUCCUUGUCGGGCCGCCCCCGCCGGAGCUUAUGAGGACUCACGUCAUUCUUCAAAAGUGCGGUCAGUUCACAAGAGCUGUUCUAUGCGGACCGGAGCUGGCCCCAGAUGUAGCCGCAAAGUGGAAGGCCACUGCCGACAGACUCAAGCUCAGUAACAAGAAUGCUGUCACCGGCCGUCUCAAGAACGCACUGCAUAUUCUACCCGAAUUCCAGGGAUUUUUGCAAAUGCGAGUCAAGUUCGGUACAUUCGCGCUGCAGCAGUGGCGCAGACCAGAGGAUGGCGCUUCCUAUCGAUUCUCGGAGUUUCGCGAGAUGGUUUCUCAUAGGAACGCAGAAGGACGAUUGCUCCCGGGCAUUCAGCUGCAGCAGGAGGAGCUGUUUGAGCGAAUUACGGCAUCACAGAUUCUCAAGCCUUGGGGCCAAGACAAGUUUGAUUCUCUGACAAAGUUACAGCCUAAAUACACUGCCGAGUUUGAUUACAAGGCAAGCCGUGACACGAUGAUUCGUGUGGAAGUGAGACUCUCGCUUCCUCGUGCCUCCGAGGAAUUCGAAGUCAACGGAAUUCGAUGUUUCAAGCCACAGCCGAUCAAUGCCCCGGUUGAUCGUCAGAUGCCGAUGCAGAUCAGCAUGAUAGACUUUGAGAGGUCCGACUGGCAAUUUGAGGUCAAAGCGCUCGAACUCUGCCCCGACAGCGACAUCACCCCCGAGCUCCAAAAGUUCAUGCGCUCUAUUGCAUUCCAAUGGAACCCAACUGCGAAGAGCAUCACCUCCGUACCCCAGCGAAAAGCUAAAUUCAUUCGUGGCGCAAGAGUCACACGCUUUGUGGAGAAGGCCGCCCUUUACAUGCAGGUCAAGGGAACACCAUACGUGUUCGAGCUUGCCCGCUUUGACGAAUACAACUACGUUGCUGGUCACUGGUCAUUGACCGCAAAUGUAUCAUGGGGUGCAUCUCUAUAUGAUCCUAUGUGGGAUGACCUGCUAGGGGAGAAAGCUAAGCCUGGCAUUCUCAGAAUACCGAGCGACAAGGCUCUGUCGGUUUUCUUUCCGUCGCCGGAAAAGGAGCAGAGACAGAGCGACAACAAGCAGACGGAAGAGGAGGCCCGCGAGGAGGCCGAGACCAGGGACCGCGAGGAGGAAAUGCAGUUGACCACAUUUAUGAGCAUUGUCCAGCAGAUCGCACGUAUGCUGAAAGAUCCAGGGGCCGAGGCUCCCGACGUCCUUGACAGUGAUCUCGGAACACUGUUCUAG